AACCACAUAGCGUUGAUAAGUCAGUUACGUAUCAGGAGCUCACUUCUCAUUGGUUAAAAUUCUCAGCAGUCUGACGUUUCCCCGACCUUAUAAAUAUCAGCGCGAACUAGAAACGACCUCUUUUCCACAGUGUUAAUUUAGGGGGCAUCUCUCGUGUUAUUUUUUGUGGGCUAACUCUAAUUCAGAAUGCCGGAGACUUCAAAAAUGAAUGGAUACGCGAAAACGAACGGACACAGUUAUGAUAUGGAAGAUGGAUCUGUGUUUUUGUUCACAUCAGAAUCUGUCGGCGAGGGACAUCCAGAUAAAAUGUGCGAUCAAAUAAGCGAUGCAAUUCUAGACGCCCAUCUGAGACAGGAUCCUGACGCAAAAGUAGCCUGCGAGACAGUAACAAAAACUGGAAUGAUUCUUCUGUGCGGCGAGAUUACCUCCAAAGCUAAUGUUGACUACCAGAAAGUUGUUAGAGAGACAGUUAAGCACAUUGGAUAUGAUGACUCCUCAAAAGGGUUCGAUUACAAGACUUGCAGCGUGAUGCUGGCCCUAGAUCAGCAGUCUCCGAACAUUGCUGCUGGAGUGCAUGAGAAUAGAAAAGAUGAAGAAGUUGGGGCUGGAGAUCAGGGCUUGAUGUUUGGAUACGCGACAGAUGAGACUGAGGAAUGCAUGCCAUUGACAGUUGCUCUUGCCCACAAACUGAACCAGAAGAUUGCCGAAUUGAGGCGAAACGGCGAAUUCUGGUGGGCUCGUCCAGAUUCCAAGACACAGGUUACUUGCGAGUACACAUUCGCUGGUGGAGCCACCGUUCCACAGAGGGUUCACACCGUGGUGGUCUCACUUCAGCAUUCAGAGAAGAUCACACUUGACACCCUGCGUGACGAGAUUAGGGAGAAAGUUAUCAAGGAGGUUAUCCCUCCUCAGUACCUCGACGAAAAAACUGUCGUACACAUCAAUCCAUGUGGACUUUUCAUCAUUGGUGGCCCUCAGUCUGAUGCGGGUUUGACGGGACGAAAAAUCAUCGUAGACACAUACGGCGGCUGGGGCGCUCACGGCGGCGGCGCCUUCUCAGGCAAAGACUUCACCAAAGUGGACCGUUCCGCCGCGUACGCUGCACGUUGGGUCGCCAAGUCUCUCGUCAAGGCGGGCCUGUGCCGCCGCUGCAUGGUUCAGGUUGCGUAUGCUAUCGGCGUGGCUGAGCCGCUCUCAAUUACGGUGUUCGACUACGGAACCUCGCACAUGACGCAGCAGCAACUACUCGCCAUCGUACAGAAGAACUUUGAUCUGCGCCCUGGCAAAAUAGUCAAAGAGCUCAACCUUCGUGCCCCCAUCUACCAGAGAACGAGUACAUACGGUCACUUCGGGCGAGAUGGCUUCCCGUGGGAGAAUCCGAAACCAUUGGUCGUAGAAUGACUUCAAACCUGAAUCCUAGAAUUUUGUAAAUAUUUCACCAGUAUAUAAAACAUUUAUCUAAGUGUGUCUUUGUAGCGAGGACGAAGGUUAUCGCGUCUCUCUAUACACGAUUAAUGUUUCGAAUCUCGCCAAUUCAACUGUCGGCACUUGCCUCGUUCCGACCGUUUCAUUCGUGAGAUUCUGCGUAAUAUUAAGUAUUCAUAGUUUAAGUACUAUAGGAGUAAGAUGCCGUCAUUUCUGAAUUUGAGUUAGUUCAGGGUACAAAUGGCAGUCCUAUUGUUUAAGUUAUACAUUUUUUAAUGCAAUGAAUUUUUGAAUAUAUUUUAUAGUUUAUUUAUAAAGGGCGAUAUAGCCUGCAAUGAACUAUCCGAUAACUUUUAUUACGUUGUUUGACUUUUAAAAAGGUGACUAAACCUGCAAUGAACUAUCCAGUGAUUAUGUACUUUGUUUGACUGUUCAAUUGAUCGACUUAAAUGACGGACUGCCAAACUCGAAUGUUCAUUUAUGUGAGCUUUACUAUGUAAGUGCUACGAUCCCCGGCAGAGUAGACUACUUUCCUGGUACCGUCACAGCGGAGCGAGUGCGAGAGAGAGAUCAGAGACCUCUCGCUUUCUCUCGCUCACUGCAAAUAUAGUGCUGCGUGGAGGGACGCUCGCUGUUUUAUUUUGAUUAAGACGAAACAUUAGCUAUAUUAUUAUUACGUUUAAGUAUCAGUGUACUGCCUCUAGUGCUAUAGCCAAAUGUAUAGUUUUAGACAAUUUAAGCGUCGUCUCCCGCGCAGCACAAUUUGUGUUGUGUUUCCGAAAAGGAUUGAAGUGGAAAAGAGCCAUUUUGAAAACACACCGACUCAUCCAGGGCAGUAAUGCACUGUGCAUUUAUUUGUCAUGUAAAAUAGUGUCACCGCCAAUAGAUAUUAUUAGGCGAAAUGCUACCGUACAUUUAAUGACAUUAGCAAUUAGCAUUUUAAAUAUUCGUAGGGCGGUUAGUGAGUAUUCGUGAUUAUAUUUUUGAUCU